CCCUACCUACCUCACCACCCUCCUUCCACCCCCCUCUCCCAUCCCUUCCCCCACUGAACUCUCCUCAGACACCCACCAAUCCCUCUCACCGCGCUUAAAACUCCCAAAAUCUAGCCUAGCCCACAACAAGCUCAGACUUCAUAAGAAAUCUAGCCCAAAAAGUACUGGUUUUAGGUGACGUUUUAGGGAAUAGUCCAAGCUUGGAGAAGAAACAGAGCCUGCUGAAGGUACUUGACGUGAUGAAUAAGCCAAUGGAAAGAGGUACUUUGUAUGAUAUGGAGCUGGGAGAUGUAAGUAGUCGGUAACUAGUGUAGGUUAUGCUGUAUAAGUAAGAUGCAGCUACAUCCAUUGAGGAGUGAGAUUGAGAAGUUCUUUAAGGCGGAAAGAACUCCUUAUAAGGGGUUUAAAGGAUAUCAGAUGAAGAAACAUUCGAGUAUUAGGAAUUACCUGAGAGAAAAUAAUCAUUGAUUUAUUGAGAGUAAAGAUAUAGCAGAGAAAAUUGAUAGGAUAGUUGUAAAGAAGAAUUUAAGGUCGUCCUUUAGUAACUAUCUGAGUUAAACAUUUAGCUUUUCAUGAGAAUAAACAAGUUAGAAGCUCCAAAACACCGUUGGCAAAAACUAUGGGAAAGAAAAACUUUCUCUCACAUUUUUCUAAAAAGUAUGCUUUCAGUUAAAUUUUCAGAAUUGUUAACUCAAAUAAGAAGCUAAGAUCUCAAAAUUCAUUCAGCAGGAAUACAAUAAGUGCAUUUACUCCUGGCCCUACUGGAAUGCGAAAGAGCAUUAGUCAACCAAUAAGCAUAGAAUCUUGCCAAAACCAGAGAAAUUUUCCGAGAAGGAGAUCAAUAGAUGAAAUACAAGAAAAAUACCUUCAACUAAAACAAAAAGCUAAUGCAAUGAAAGAGUCAAAGCCAAACCAGCUUCAAAGCUAUAUCCAGAGAUAUUCAAUGAUAAACCUUGAAUAUAGAGCAUAUGCUAAAAGAAUAAAUUUCAACAUAGAGUACAAUAAAACUCCAGGGAUUUCUAUAAAUAUGAUCAAAAUGAAAUCUAAAUAAGCUUCAGCAAAUGGAAAAGAAAUUGAAAAGAUCUCAGAAAAAGAAAAGAUCAUCAGUUAAGUUACUCAAACCUCAGAUUGAAAAGUUUGCAAUAAAAUUGAAGGAAUCUCAGAAAUUUUUCAAUAGAAUGAGAAGAAAAUUCACUGAAGAUAACGAAAGAGAACUAGCAAAUAAAACAAAUGAAUUUACAAAGUUAGAGUGUAAUCAAACAAAGUCUAGAGUGAAUGACUUAGUACAUUCUACUCUUUAAUUAUUCUGAUUAAAUGAAAAUUAAACCAAA